AUGGAGAAGAGGAAAGCUUUCAACCCAUCUUUAGUGUCACUUCCAAAGCAGGGUUCCUCCAGGCUGGCCAGCCUGAAGGAAACCGAUGCUUAUGAGAAGUAUCUUCAAGGAGAAAAGAAAUUGUUAAAUUUCUCAGGAAUUAAAGAGAAGAAACAAGAGAAAGAGACUAUCAAGACCAGUGGGAAAUAAGGCAGCCCACCAAAUUGUGUUUAACAACACAGUUUCCCCUGGAAUUGGAGAAUCUACUGGAGCUGUACCUCAGAAAGUUGAUCAGCAAGAGCCAUUGGACAAAAAUUUGUUCGAUAACAACCCACAGAUAGAGUUUGAUGACCAUGUCAAGAAGGCAUUGACCACUAGGGUCUCCAGUGAUAUCUACCAGCUUAUGAGAGAUUCUUCAGAGACUCACAAUGAUGGGAUAUUAAAUAAGUUAAAGAAGAAGUAUCGAAAUUUCAAACCUCAAGGAUCCAGCACCUUCCUUGAGAAGCAAGAGGGCUUAGGAGAUGAGGGGAAUUUCAGCUCACGGAAUCCUUAUCUGAGGCUCAAACAGGAUUCCAUUACCAACCAGCAGGCUUUUGCUAGGAAGAACCUAUCGUUAAAAUAGCAAGUUCCAGAAGCUACAGAACAAUUAUGGGGAUUUCUUAGCUAUAAACACACUUGAUGAUUUGAAAAAGGCUCAUAAGAGCUUUCUUCCUGAGAAACAAUUGACUUCGAGAGUUGAUAAGCCAGCCCCAGCUUCUUUGCAUAGUAGAAAUAUUAGCGAGAGUCUGAGAACCUUAUCAUCAGCUGACACCAGGCGUAAGAGCUUGACGAAUACUGGGAAGACCCAAAAACCUAAAGAUUCACCAGAUAUCCACAAGAUCUUGCUUAAGAGCCACAAAAUUGAUAAAGGUAGUUCCCAGGGAAAUUUGCUCCAUAAAAAGCUUAUUGGCUCUGCAAGUACGAUCUAUCCAAAUGUUCCUCUACUCCAUAAUUCCAAGAUUGGGACGCCAAAAUCUAAAGCUUCAAUAAAGAGGGUUGAAGAUGUAGAAAGCAUCUACACACAGAAAGGUGAUUCUUCACUAAAACCUUACACUGGUACCAACCGAGAAGUUGAGGACUGGACUAAAGCUCUUUUGCCUCAGGAGUUAACCCAGCUUAGUAAAAUGAUUCCUCCUGGAAGCGCAGCUUCCAGAAGAAGCCAUUCUACUCAUGGGAUGUCUCCUAACAACAGAGAUAAGUCUAUCGGGCAACUUGUAGGAUCGCGUAAAUAUGAGAAUAAGCAGAAGGAGUUGAUCCUCAACUUUAAGAAAUCACAACACAUCUUUGGAAGGCAAGAUGUGAUCCUGCUGCAGUCAUGGCUUGCACAGCAGUUAAGAAAUUUAGAGAAGAAAGGAGUCUCUAAAGAAGAAAAGCUUAACCUCUCUAACACUGCAUACAAUAUCGCCAUGGAGGAGAUCAUCAAACAAGUCGAUGUUGAAUGUAAAGAAAGAGGGCAGCUACUUAAAAAGGUUUGGUCUCAGGCUAUGACACUAAAUUCAUAUGAGAAUACCAAGUUUACCCGAUCACAGGAAUUAUUACUAGAAUUUGAACAGAAAAAGAACAAAGAGCUGAAAGAAAGAAUCGCCAAGAUGCAGAAAGAGAUCAGCUCUUUAUCAAAGAAAUUGACUGAUCUUGAGAACACAGACUCAGGGAAGCAAGGUGCAACAGGUAAUUCAUUCAUGGGCUCCAAGAAGAAGACUCGCUUCAAGGACUCCUAUACCAAGAAGCGGCGACAUAAGCGCUAUGAGCCAAAGGAUUAUCAGAUGAAUGGCAUUACUAGCCAAUUUGUGAAACUUUUAAGUGAACAAGAUUCAGAAUCUGACACUGAUGUGAUAGAGAAGGAACUUGAACGACUAGAUUCCCACAAAGAAGUACGUCCAAUUACACCUGAAGAAGUUCCUGAGGAAGAAGAGGAAGAGGAUUUAGAUUAUAUUAGCAUCGCAAAGAAAUUAGAGAACUGCCAGAUUAAUUCUAAGGCCGUAUCCACACAAGAACUUGAGUCUCGCAAAGAUCCCUUUUGGGAAUAUGAGAAGAAGAUGAACAGAGGCGAAGUUAUGGAAGCCUGAACUGACGCUCAAAUUCAAGGAAUGGAUCUAUCUGAACUCAAUGAUAACAAUUAUAGCGAUCAAGCUAGCUCUGAUAAAGAAGAUACCUUCAUAGAAGGUAAUCAGACCUUGCUUUCUCUAGGAAUUAUAGAAGGUGAAAGUGACCUUUCUCAAGGAGAAACAUUACAAACUCCCUUAUUGAACCCAAAUAUCAUCCUAGAUAAUUUCACUGAAGAGGAUGCUCCUCUUGGAGAUGAGUCAUAUGCCUCAUACCUUGAUGAAAACCAGAAGACAAGAAGGAUUCAGACUGAGAUUACCAGUGAGCAGAUGAAGGCAUUCUUUGAUACAGAUAAUUCGGUCCUGAAUCAGUCACUUGAGAAUAUCAACAACAAAUUAUUUGAGGAGUUAUGUAAUUUUGAAAAGCUUUCAGAGCUGCAAGAAGAUGAUCAGGCUUCCAAGUAUAGCCAAAGUACAAGCCAAGAUCCAAGUAGAAGCGCAAGUCAGGACCCUCAGACUACAAGGACAGAUGGGGUUGAGCGAUCAGCCAAUCUUCGUAACUACACAUAUAACUUCACAAAUGCAGUGAAGCAUCAUAGUAAAGGGCAGAAUACUCCUAGACAUCAGGUUGCAGAAGGACUAAGUCCUCUCGAAAUUGGCACUUCAAAAUUUAUGAAGAAGAGAACCCAAUUUGGUAAAGGCUCAAUGAGGAAGCAGAAAGGAAACAACCAGAAAGAGUUUGGGGAUUUACAAGAUGAGAGUGAUGUAUUUAGCCAAGAAGAUGGCCUAACUCAGAGUGAAAUAAGUCAUUUUAAGAAGAGUGGAGAGGAAUUUAAGCAUGAUGAAUUUUCUGAGGUAGAUGAUACUAGCAAACCUCAAAAUUCAAAGAACCAUUCUACAGGCAGGAAGGAGACAAGAAGAGACAUCAAGAAAAAUAAAGAUUUACUUAGAGUUCCUAGAAAUUUAACUCUAAGGAACAGAGUUAUGAUAGAUUCGGCAGAAAUUUCUUACAAAGCCCAGUUCCAUAAGGCUCUGAAGUUGAUCAAUUCCUUACAAAAAGAGUUGGAAGAAUACAAAAAGAUGAGCAAGAUUGUACAGUACAUAACGACUCAGCGAGCAGGAGGAAACCCUCAUCGAGAUGAGAUGGCUGAAGACAUCAAGGUAAUCAUCUCUGACCUCAAGGAACACAUCGGAUUACAGGAGAAUGAAGAACUUGGCAUGAUUAAAGAGAAUUAUGGAAAAAUAAUCAACCUCUGUGGGGCUAGCAAGGAGAACACCAAGGAAGUAGAAGAUAUCAUCCUGAAUGUUAUGCAUUCUAAGUCAAACAAACAGAAAGCACUAAAGGAUUUUACCGAUAAAAUAAUCACUACUAUUGAAGAGGUUGGUGAAAACAAAGAAGAGGAUGACGAAGCAAACAUGGAUGAACCGAGUAGUAGGCUGUCGCCUGGUAGAGGGGUUCAAGAUGAUUUCAAAAGAAUUCCGAUUAUUAGUUCGCUCAGCGAGUAUCGAAACAUGCAGAGAAAGUCAGUAGAAUUAGGCACGCAGUUUAGCGAAUUUAACCUCAGCAAGGCAGGAAUGCUGAAAGUCCCAAAGAAGUUAAAGCAUGAUGCUGAUAAUAUCAUUGAAAAGUUAUUGAAGAAAAAGAAGUUGAAGGACUUAAUGCCUUCUACACAAAUGUUUGCGAUAAUCACUCAGAUUCAUAAGACUUCAAGAGAUUUUCUUGAGAAGCACCAUCCUGACCUCUCUGUGCAGGGAUAUGUGUAUGAUUACAUUAUGAACAAGUAUGGUAUCAAGAAGAUAGCUGAUAAGAAGUUUAAGCAAUUGUGAUCAACUAUUCUCAGGUACAAUGAGACCAACUCUCGCUCCUUUAUCUUCGGCAAAUUUAUGAGCAUUUUCCAACCGCUUGAAAAGGCUCUUUUUAUUGAAUACACUAACAUCAAGGAGGCUAUUUUCAGCUUAAAUAUUGGGUUCAUGCCAAAUAACAUCGAGAGCAAUGCUGCUCACUUUGUGCCUUACAUUAGGGCCACUAAAUAUCUGAGCAACCAUGUGGAGCCUACGAUGCCUCAGGAUCAGUACAAGGAACUCCAGAAAAAGGUUGAAAAGGCCAGGAAGGUUGACAAAAAGGGAAAGAACUCUUUUGGAAUCAUCAACAUUGACCAGUUUAUCAUGCUGAUUUUUGCCAGUAGAGGAUUCAGGCCUAGGAAGAAAUCGAUAGUACAUGUGUAAUUCAACCUUUGGAAUGA